ACAAUAAUCAUUGGCCGGCUACCCGGGUAUUUCGUUCCAGCUCUUGAAAGUCGUGGUUCUUUGACUAGUAGACAUUGUGAUCAUGUAGAUUUAUCACUGUUUGCAUCACUUAGCGUCCACAUGUCCAAGCGAAGACGGCGAGAUUUGGACUUGUCUAGUUCUAGUAGUAGUUCGGAUUGCAUUUAUGACAAUUUAUUGUGGAAGUUUGUUGACGAAAAUUAUGAAUUUUUGAUAAAUGACGACUUCCUGGAGCAUUGCAAGCACUCCGCUUGCGAUGAAAAGUCGACCCCACCAGCUGAUUCCUCUUUUGAAUCUUGCAUUGUUUUACUGGAAGAUUUAAGUGAGUUGCUUCGUAAUCUUCGUCAACGUAUGGAAUUUGACGGCCCUGGAAACUUCCAGAAGUACUUAGAAACGACUCUUACAAAUGAAAUUCAGCACUAUGAAAGAAGAAAACAUGCUAUCAUUAACUCAAUACUGUCCACCUUAGGUGACAAAUUCCAGAGCCCACUACCACCAUCAGAAUUACGCAACUUUUCCGUAGCUUCUGAUCUAAUCCCUAAGGAACUCGACCAGAAGUCUGAUAAUCUUUUACGUAUAUUGGGUGAAAUUCAACAGGAGUGGGAUGAAACUAUUCGUAAGAUUACACCAAUCAGUCCAUUCACUAACCAAAUCAGCUUCUUAGAAGAUAUUGAUUCAGAUCUCAGGAAAAUUGAUGCAUGGUUGAACACGUUAGCUUCUAAUUUACCAAAUACGUCAGCAUGGAUGACUUGUCUAAUGUCAUUAUCCAACGUUCAGAAAUUUUCUACAGCUAAAUAUUAUCAGGUUUGUUUAAAGCAAAUUGAACAAUAUUCAAAAACUUUAUCAACUAUUAAAGAAUUAGUUGAUCAUGUUGAACUUAGUACACUGGCUGAUAUACAAUUUCAAAAUAAUUUGCAUAAUUUAUCAAGAAAUGUUUGUGAAUUAGAAGCGAAAUUUCAUACUCUAUGGUUACGUUUAUUAGAAUUAUCAAUUUAUAUUGAUCAAAAUAUUAAAACUAAUGUGAAUAAACGUGUAACUACUGAGUUGUGUCAUGAUACAUGCUCAAAUAAUACUCGACAUGAUGUAUUACAUCAGAACUAUGAAAAUAAUUACUUAUCAGAAUUCAAUACUAAACAGAUUGGGGUUCAUCAUGCCGCACAUCGAAAUGGACACGAAAGUGGUUUUGAAUCGGAACAAAGUCCUCCGAUGAAAUCGUAUUAUAGUUAUUCAUGCAGCAACACCAUUACUGGUUCAGAUAUUUUCGUGCUUAACGAUAAACAGGGACUUAGAAAAGAUAACAGUUGUUCACUUCCGGAUGAUUUUAAUCAGAUUAUCGGAGAGUUGGAUAAUGUCUUAUUAAAUGAUGAAUUAAUAAAAUAUCCUGAAGUGAUAAAAAUUGAUGAAACUGUUAAAUGUUUGUCAUCUCAAAGUGAUCUAUUUUUUAAAAAUGAAGAUAAAUGUAAGAUCAACAGAUAUGGAAAGAAUUUAUUCUCUCUAUCGGACCAACAGGAUUCUAAACGGAAUUCCAGACUGGAAAUGAUUCAAGAUGAAAAUAUCUUAUUGAACAACACAGGAAAUGGUUUUAUUGAUGUGAAGAUACCGGAUAAUGGAAGUCAAUCAUCAAAUUCAAAAAAUUCUUCUGGUCCAUUUUUUUGUCAUGAAGAUGUAGGUGUAUGGAAAAUGAAAUUUUCUACUGAAUUCAGGAAUUUAGAUAAAGUCGAAAAUAAUGAGACAAUACACAAAUGUUGGUCGUUACCUAUUGUGAAAUCAUCCGUAACAGGAAUAAAUAAAUCGGAAAGUAUAGAUUUGCCAUUUAUCUCGAAUCGUCGUCAAGUAAAUGAUAGAUCAUGCAAUGCACAUGUAUACACUGUGAAUAAUAAUAAUCUCAGAAAAAUUACCCGUGGACGAAAAUCUGUGAUUACUAAAUACAACAAUUUACAUAAUUUUUAUCAUUUAAAACGAAUUGGUAACACCCAAAUAAUGAGGCAUUUACUUGAAUUCAAGAUGAAACAUACAAAUACUAAAUCAAGAAAUAAGAAAUUUUUCAAAAGUCAUCUUAAAAAAACAUCAAAAACUAGAAAUUGUAUGAGUUCAGUUUCUUUAAAUCUGUACAAUCAAAUUUCUAAUGAAACGUUCAAUCACACUAAAUCAGUUGUUUCACAAUAUAGUUCUGUUGACACGCAAAUGUUCCAUAUUGAUUCAAGAUCAAACUCAGAUUGUGAAGUAACUAGUAACCACAGUUAUUACUGUAAAUCGAUACCUGAUAAUGCAAGUGAAUUGGAACAACGUCAAUGGCGAAUGCAAGUUAGAACAUAUUUAAAUGCAGCUGAGAAGGCAGAAGAAUUAAUUCGUAAUCGAUAUUCACCAACUCGGUUUGAAUCCUGGUUAGCUGGUUUAGAGGCUUCGAAUCUCAAACUUGGUAAAAAUAAUAAUAAAAAUGAUAAUCUGGUUGAUUCGACAAACAAACAAUUGUUAGAGAAGAAGAAUCAAAAUAAUAAUGCUUAUAAUUUAUGUCCUUUAUUCAUGAAUGAUUUGGAUGGAAAAGAUGAAAAGAGAACUUGUCAAGAUGAUAAUGAUGAUGAUAAUGAUAUAUCGGCAUUGGAGGAUUCACAUGAACCUUUAUUAAAUUUUUGGGAUGAUUAUCAGGCAUCACUCUACUCUAAUUCCAGUGAUACUCAAGCUUAUGAACCACCAAGUAUGUACGCUGAAGAAUUUCCGUGGGAUGAUGUCGGAAGUUCAUUUUUUAAUGAUAUUGAACGAGAACUGAACUCACCAUCUUUACACAGUCAUACAGAACCAAAGAAGUUUAUAAAAUCGAAUUCUAGUAGUAUUAUAGAGGAAAAUGACUGUUCCAGAAAUCAAGGACAAGAUACGAAUGAUAUUCUUUCUACAUCUACAACAAACUUAUUCAAUCGAAAAAGUAGUUUAGAUGCAAGUUUUGAAGUUUGCAAUAACACGUCAAUAAGUAAUACUCAUGGAGCAGAAAGUUGGUCUGCUGAGCAUACAGAUAAUUUACUCAGUCCGGAAUCAUCUGUUCGUGGGCUGCGUACAUGUCCCGAUGGCGGUUCACAGCAUUUACCAAGUAUAGAUACAAUGGAUGUCAUAUCAAACCAUGAAAUUCAGGACAUCAAAAAUUGUUUAUAUCCUAUGAGUAGUUUCAGUGAACAUUUUAAUUCUUCUAACUGUACAUAUUACACUAGGUAUCAUAACAAAAGACAUAGUAAAUUGUAUGAAAGAAAAUAUCAAACAAUUCCGCGUAUUAUCAAUCGUAAACGAAAAGCUCAGAUCAAUUUAUUUCAGUCAGAAAAACAAUUGAACAAACGUGAAUUUUUAUCACUUGAUGCUCGUCUUAAUCGUUUGGAUGAUCGAUAUUUCAGUGAUAUUCAUAAAGGAAUUCUGGAACAUUCUAGAACAAGACUUUUGCACGCGAAAACUUAUUUACAAGAAUUAAUAAAUUCAAUCAAGAGAAAUAGUAGUGUACAACGAAGAAAUCUUUCGAAGCAGAUAAACUCAAGCAAUUGGCGUCAUCGUACUGACCUCCUGUUGCAAACUACUGAAGCUCAUGUGAAAUUGCUUUCUAAUUUACUUGAUGAUCUGAAGUCUUAUUGCUCUUCAAAUGUCUCUGAAUUGUCAGAUGACAGAUUAUCGGCUUCAUUUAUACAAGAUUUAACAUCCUGUAAAGAUGAUAAUAUUUAUGUUAAAACUGAUAAUGCUGAUGAUAGCCAUGAUUAUUCACCAUAUCGUUUAAUCAUUUUGAAUGCUUUAAAAUUAAAAUCACAAUGGAUUAAUUUCUCAUCUACUUUACGUCACAUUUAUCACCAAUCGAAUCAGUAUGAAGCGUGGAAGAAACAGUUAUAUAUUCUUCAAUUACGUAUGCAUGAUUUAAGUAGACUUACACGUCAAAUUGGUCUGUCAAUGUAUACAAAUAAAGAGGUGAAUAGUGCGAAUCCCAAUAACGUCAAUACUCGUCAUAUUUGUGAUUCGAUAAUAUAUGAUGAAAAUCAGUCAGAUAAAAUUGCCAAUGGCUUUAAAAGGUGCUUUCUAGAAGUGGAUAGCUUGAAUUUUGCUCUGGAGGAAAUGCAGAAUGAGUUGAAUAAAGAAAAUUGUCAGAUGUCAGUAAACAAUAACAAUACUUCAGCUACAAUCUGUAAUACGAUUAGCUUGGAUGAGGAACUACUUUAUGAGAUUGAUCGUCUUUCAAGUCAGCUGGCUAUUAAUCGAUCCAUCCUUCAAAGACUGAUUCGAUUGUUUGAAUCAAAUCAUUCAAAUAAUCCUCCUACUCAUCAUCAAUUAGAUAAUGAAUAUUUAGUGGAUAGCACAGAAAAUCAAUUAGAAACUUCUUUUAUUAAUAUUGAUAAAAGUACAUCGGAACAACAAGUCAAUGAAGUCUAUACAAAUGAACAUUUAUUUGAACGUAAAUCAGUUGAAAAUCAUAAUCAUCAACAACAUCCUGUUAGUGUUUCAAUUUCUACAACUGAAAAAACCCCAUCAAUUUAUUCAUCCAUUUGUAAUUGGUUACUUCGAAUAAUCCCAUCCACUAAUAGUCAGAAUUAUUUUAUUCUUCUAAUUAGUGGUUUCAUAUUCUUAGCUUAUUUAUCUUAUUAUAUUUUAGGUAGAUUAGUUGCAUGUAACAACUAUUCUCGUCGUCCACCUUCUACUACUGUUUCUUCAUUACGAUGUUUUUCUAAUUUAAUCAAUAAUAGUGAUGAUAAUAAUAAUGAUAAUGUUCAAGGUGCUACUGCAUUCGGUAGAUGUCCAUUAGAAAGAGACAGAUUAUCAAAUAUCAUUGAUUAUAUUAAUGGGGCACAACCUUAUUAAAUCUAUAAAGUCAAUUAUCAGUUAGUGCUCUUUUUUAUAAUCUGCGCCAAAUAGGUUUCCAUUUCUAGAUUUAUAAAUAUUAAAUGAGAAAUGUAUCAACUAACUUGAUUACUGUACAAGAACUUAAUGAAUGUUUUAAAGAAGUUUAUCUUCAACAAACAAACUUAAAAUAAACAUUUCAAUAAUGUCACUUUAUCAUUUUGUGUACGUUGUCUAUGCAUGUGUGUGUAUAAUAGCUUUCAUGGAUGGAUGUGGCCUUAAACACUGAUCAAUGUUCCCUUUUUUAUUGAUCAAACUAGAAUUAAACCAUGGAUGAUCACCAACAGUUAGGCAAAACAUUUUCACUUCUUUUCUAGCCUUUUUUCUUAAAAGAAAAACGAUUUUUUCGUUCUUCCUCCAAUCUUUUUUGUAUUUCCAGUGCUAUGAUGCUAUAAAACACUAAUCUUAGGAUACUUUGUUUGUAGAAAUUUCGCUAUUUAUUAAAAGUUUUGGAUAAUUUUGUACCUAAUUGUAAAUAUUAAAAAAUAAUGGUGGUAUUAGUAAUAACUGCUAGAACUACUAUUACUACGAAUCCCCUCCUUAAAAUUGUUAUUACUGCCAUUAUAUAAUUAAAACUGCAUAUAUAAACCUGUAGUACCGUUGUCCAAAUUUAUAUUCACAACAACUAUCAGUUGUAAGUAACUUUGUGUCCAGUCUUUAUUCUUUUUAUUUUCGAUUUGGCAUUUGAAUUGUGCAAUGACAAGUUAUAUCUCUAUUAUUUAUAAUAUUUCUAUAAUAGAUAAUAUAAUGCAUACAUAUGAUUAUUUGAGGCAUGGAUAUAACUUUUCUUUCCUCAGUUUUGAUAUUGAUUUUUCUCUUUUUUUGUUUUUCUAUUAACAUGAUUAUUCAUUUAUUUAAUCAUAUAUGUGCAUGUGUAUACCUUAACUUUUCUCAUCAUUUGAAACAAAAAUUAUCAAAAAUUCUAUUGUACUUUUAAACU